AUGUCCCACUCCGCCGCGGAAGCGUUGCAGAAUGCGCGGGCUGCUUUGCGAGAGGAGCGCUUUUUCGAUGGUGUCCAGCUUGUGAACGCGGCCCUUGAGGCUCAAGGACAAACCCUUGGUGGCACCAAAGGAGGCUAUUCAGCAACUCCGGCUUCUACCGAAGCAGAUGGCACAGAAAUCCUUCGGACUCCAGAGGUCUUCCUCAAUCGGGUGAUGACAACCUUGACGGCUGCAAAGAAGAAAGAGCUGGCCGACUUCUUCACCGUCCGCACCGACCUGCUCGUUGGCCUUGGUGCGCUCAAACGAGCAGUGGUGGAUGUCAGCGCUGCUUUGCUGCUCCGGCCGGAAGAUGAAGCUCUGGCCAAGAAGAAGACUGAUCUGGAGGGGCGACUUGCUGGAGACACGGGUCUCGGAACCGCCACAAAGACUCCCACAAGCAUCAUCACCGGCUUUCUCGGUGCAGGCAAGACAACCCUCCUGAACUACAUUCUGGAGCAGAACCAUGGAAAGAAAAUUGCAAUCAUAGAAAACGAGUUCGGCGAGGUAGGGAUAGAUGAUGCAUUGUUGAACACCAAGACCGCUGUGACAGAGGAGAACGUGAUUGAGAUGAACAAUGGUUGCAUUUGCUGCACCGUCCGGGGGGAUUUGAUUGCAGGGCUGAAGAAGCUACACAAGCAAACCACCGGCAAGGGCAAGCCUUUGGAUGGGAUCAUCAUUGAGACCACGGGCCUGGCAGAUCCAGCUCCCGUGGCUCAGACCUUCUUUGCCGACGAUUUCGUGAGUGCCAACAUGGUGCUCGAUGGCAUCCUGACGGUCGUAGACUGCAAGCACAUCAUCGGACAAUUGCAGGAGGACAAGCCAGAAGGGGCGGUGAACGAGGCUGUGGAGCAGAUCGCAUUUGCAGACCGGAUUCUGCUAAACAAGACAGACCUGGUGAGUGAUGCGGAGCUCGACGAGGUCCAGCGAGAGGUACGAAGAAUCAACAAGACAGCCGCAAUGAAAAGGACAAAGAACUCCCAAGUCGACAUGGAUUUUAUUCUUGGCAUUGAGGCCUUCUCCCUGGAGCGGAUCCUCAUGCAGGUGAGUCAAGGAAAUCUGGAGGAGGAAGAAAGUGGCCACGGCCAAGGCGGCCAUGGCGGCCAUGGCCAUCAUGGACCCGACGAAGAAGGCCAUGACCAUCAUGAUCAUGAUGGUCACUGCUGCCACGAAGACCAUGGUGCAGGGUGCGGCCAUGAGCAUGCUGGACAUGGUGAGCAUGCCGGCCACCAUGCGCACGAGCACAACGGCGAGGCGUGUGACCAUCCCUCCCAUCGGAAGCGGCACGACUACAGGGUCAGCUCUGUUGGCAUUCAGCGGGACCGCGAAGUCGUGAAAGACAAGCUUGACAAAUUCAUCGGCUGGCUGAUACAGCAGAAGGGUCCCGACUUGUACCGUUCCAAGGGAGUCCUAGCGGUGCAGGGCCUGCAGCAGAAGUUCGUAUUCCAUGCCGUGCACAUGCAGUUCAGCGGCAAACCUCAGGAAGCUUGGAGGGAAGACGAGAAGAGGUGCUGCAAAAUGGUCUUCAUUGGAAAGAACAUGGAUCGUGAAGAGUUGAACAAGAAAUUCGACGAAUGCCUUGCGUGA